AUGACCCGCCAGCCCGUCUACGAGACGACGUUAGACACACGUGUCAAGCAGCGAGAACCCGACCAGGGCCCGGACCGACCGGCCCAGAGUCCCGCAAUCACACUCCUCGGGCAGCAGCAGCAGCCGCGUGCAGGUCCACCCCACCCGGUGCCGCCAUCGCCCUCGCCCCCGGGAGUGUCAGCCACACCAGGCCACAAGGGAGGCACCACAAGACAGCCCCCACCGCAGGACGCCCGCCGCCCGAAGCGACCACCGCACCAGGGGAGCAGCCGCAGCGCCCCGGUAUCCUCCAGUACCCAGCAGCAACCAGUCCCAACACCCCAUGGUUCCAGCAGCCAUGGCGGUGGCAAUCCCUCAGCACCGACUCCCGCCACCAGAGAUCACGACCCGGUGUUCAGGCAAGCGUCAGCGGCCAUUGACCUGGGACAUCCACCACCAUGGUCGCCCACCUCCGGGAACGCCCCCGCCGGGGCCGUCGCCGUCAAGCCAAGCAUCCACGCAGGCGUCAAGGCGCUCCACCUAGGGUCAGCGCGGCGCCCAAGGCACAGCGGCCACCGCAAUGAAGCGCCGCCCCAGAAUGGCUCCGACCAUGCCCUCAAGCCACCCAGAGCACCACCACUCGCAGACAGCCUCCGAAGAAAUCCCUGUGGCAGUUCCCGAAAGCCUGAAGAGAAGAAGGGAAGACCGGCAGCACCACCCACAAAAAUCAACAGAGCACCCUCCAAGGGAAUCUCCCCAACCCCGCCCGAAAACGACAACGCUCAGCGGCACGACAAUCGACGCUGCUUUCGGCCCGCGUCCUUAUGCGUGCGAGGCCCCUACAUCACCGAGCAUCCGCUGCGGCUCGUCGACUUCGAGUAUCGCGGCCGAGAACCAACGGUUCAGCAACAGCGGCAGCGAGUCGAGCCCUCAGCUGCCACACCAUCAGUCACAGGCCUCCGGCUCGAGCUCCGCGUCGGCGUCCUCCACAAUCUAUAG